CUAACGUCCAAGCCCGCUCUUUCUCAUUAAUAUCCUCCCAUCACUCAAUUACAUAAUACAUAUUUGGAACCUCCACAGCUUUGUUGCUAAUCUAUCAAGAAAGAAGCAGUAAAAUAGGAGGGAGAAGAGAAGCAGAAGAGACCUCCAAAAUCCGAACCCUUAAUUAGGAGGCUUCGCCUCCUAUUUAUAGAAGGGGAGGGGGGUUUUAGGGCUAUGCUAAUGGGCCAAUGGGCCUAAAUGGGCCGGUUGGGCCUAAAUGAUCCUUGCUAACUGGGCCCCGUAUCGGGGCGGUGUAUUGGGCCUCUGAACAGUAGUAGGCCGGGGUAAUAUACCCAACACAAGUCCCCCAGUUUCUUGAGUAGUGAGCCUGCAAAUCUACUCGAGAAAGUAUAAUCCUGCUCACGUCCUUCCCUGCCUUCCCUGAAUCAGAGUCUUGGAAUAAUCUCGGACGCAAGGCAUGCAUAAGCCCUAAGUGAGGUGCAAUCCCGCACUAGACACGACGACGCUGAAAAGCCAAUCGUUCGUGCUGUAUAAAGCGGCAGUCCCGACCCUGAAUGGCAUGGGUGGACCCGACCGAGAAGAAGGCACGACGGCGCUGUAGAGCCAGCCGUUCGUGCUGCAUAAAAGCGACGAUCGCCAUCCCAGAGCAAGGAUAGACGAGCCCGUCAGAAAACUAGGCACGACGGUGCUGUGGAGCCCGUACGUGCUGUAUAAGAGCGACGGUUGCCAUCCCAGAGCAAGGAUGGACGAGCCCGCCAGAAAGCCAGGCACGACGGUGCUGUGGAGCCCGAACGUGCUGCAUAAAAUAAGCGAUCGUCAUCCUAGAUUAAGGAUGGACCAACCUGACUCGGACAGACAUGGACUUGACUCGACUCAGACAGACCUGGACUUGACUCAGACGGACAUGGACUUGACUCGACUCAGACAGACCUGGACUUGACUCGAGACCACUGCGGGCCAUCAUGAAUUCAUAUCACCUCCCAGCCAAUUUAUAUCCCCCGUUCGCUCGCCUUCGCCGAACGGGUCGUUCUCCCCUAGUCGUUCCAAACAAUAGUUCCAUUCGCCCGUUCGUCUCACUAGAACGGUCUGAUGUACAAUGAUGAUCACGUCGUGCCGAGGUGGCUGAUCGUAGAGCUACAGAAGCAGUCAGAUCAUAUGGAUAAUAGGUCAUUUCUGCUAUAAGUCAGCACCAGGGUUAAGGUGCAAGCUGUUCGGCUUAUUUCCGAUAUUUGUUCGUAGUUUCCUGAUCCGCAAGGCAUCACCUCUUGCUGCCUGCUGCCUUGUAGGCCCAAGGCUGAUGUAACUUGUUCGUGUUAUCAUCCGUGUUCUUCCUGAUCCGCAAGGCAAUCACCUCUUGCUGCAAGACAGUUUCACAAUUUGUGUAGUGUCUGCCAUCUUCCAAGCCCAUAAUUCCGAUGCAUACCGUCGGUUUUACCGUCCGGGGUCAUCCAUAUCAUGAGGUUGAGAUGUCCAUCCUGGACCAUUGAGAAUAAGGCUCCCAAGCCGGGUCUCCCCCUUAUUCUCUGCCAAAAUGGAGACUCGCCUUCAGGUUACAGCUCGGGUUCCACCACAAUAAAUCACUACAUCGUGGUUCGGGCGAGCUGCAUAGCCAAGGCAAGAUUUUAAGACCAGAGUCCCGAUCCCCCGCUCGGUCACCCUAUGACUUCGGAUGCCGCCCGGUUCGUCCUACUCAAGAUCUUUUACACCAUCUCCCAAGCUGAGUCCGGGCUUGGUUAACCUGCAUCUUUUUUUUUUUUUUUUUUUUUUUUUUGUGCUGAGAUGGUGGCUCCCCAUGGAUCGAGACAAGUGGUAUCUAUCGAUCGAGGUGAGACUUUAUGGAAUGUGAAGAUGCCUCCUAAGCAAAUAAUGUCGUGCUGUGGGGCUGAUCAUGAUAUGAGAAACAUGAAUAAAUCCAAGGGUCUUGCGAGCGCCCUCUGCUCAAGGACAACGGCAGCAACUGCGGCAGCGGUCCACAAAAUGUAGCCAUGCUGAAAGUCAAGCAACGGUCCUUAUCCGCGCAGUGCGGGGACGAGGCCGGUCUUCAAAUAUGAUAAUGGCACCGUACUAGAGGGUCGGUGGCCAUGUAAUGAGGUUGCCGCUGGGGUCCGAUCAGAAAUAAAUAAUCAACAGUUCUCAUCCGCGAGGAGCGGAGAUGAGGUCGGUCUUCCAAAUGAUCACCAUGCCGAGCCAGGAGAGUCGGUCGUGGUGAGAGAAAAGUCGGCGCUGGGAGGCCGAUCUGUAAAUCCUAGGGUCUUACAGGCGCCCUCAGCCCAUAAUGUUGCUCUAGGUGCCGAACGGCGGAGGCCGGAUUGCCAGUCAGGUAGCGUAAUCUGAAAGCUCGUGUAUCGUACAGUCCAUAGGACUUCUCUUCAUGUGUUGUGACAUCUAUACAUUUGUAGUCCCUUCUUUUCUCAAUCGUCCAUGAUUCCUUCUACACACUAGUAACCUCACUCUGUUUUUUUUUUUCUUUCUUUCUUUCUUUCUUUUUUUUUUUUUUUUUUUUUUUUCUUUCUUUCUUUUUUUUUUUUUUUUUUUUUUGUAAACCUCCCCGUCCGAGCUGGUCGAACGGCUCUAAAUGUAAAUAUUCCUUCUUUUUGUUGCCAAUCAUGAACGUCUUCGCGCUUUAUGCUGAACGUCAUAAACAUCUCUCUGCUUCAUGACUUCCCCGUUCGGGCUGACCGAACGCCUAUGAAUGUGAUUCUUUUCUGCCGGUCAUGAAUGUCUCUGUGUUUCAUGCCGAGCAUCAUAAAUAUCUUUGUGCUUCAUGAUUCCCCGUUCGAGCAUAUCGAACAAAUUUUACUGCACAAUAAGCAUGGUAAUGCGGCCGUACGGCCGAACAACAUAUACAAGUAUAUACACACACAUGUGUAACAUUUCUUUUUUAUUCUUUAUUUUUCAUCCAUGACUAUCGGCCGAAGCGGUAAUGAUAACCCUUGGCCUAGAUUUAUCUUUUGAACUGCCCAUACGCUCUCAGAACCACCUAGUGGUUUCCUGGGCGUUCUCAGGAAAGCUUUCAGCUAAUUAAAGUACGUAUUUCGCCCCGUACUGGGUACAGUUGCUGUUCGGGCACUCAAUGCCGAACGAGACCAUGAGUAGUCUCCAAGUCAAAAUACGUCAUCGGGCAAUGCCCUUGCGAGAUGCUUUAGCUACUUUAGGCCGAUCGGGGGUGGCCCGAUAUGCCCAGUAAAACCAAUCAUUUAAUUAACAUGUUGGUGAUUUUAUUAAUAAAACUCCGUUCGACACUAUUCAUCUUGGGAAUUUUAAUUCCUUAUUAAAUAAUUGUUAUUCAACUAAUAAAUAAUAUGUGUCGUCGGAGUAAUGCCCCUCGGGGCACUCAGAUCGCUCCAUUACAGCCGGUCGUGGGUUGGCCGGUCGGCCCAUUAACCCAAUCAUUUAAUUUUAAAUGAUGGCGGACCUAUCACUGGAGCUUCGUUCGGUCAUUAUUUAAUUUGGGAUACUUUAAUCCUUAGAAAAUAAUGGUGAUAUACACUUUAUAGUGAAAUAAUACUACGUAUUAUUCUACCACUUUAAUAAAUAAAAGAGGGAAGUAUGUAGCACUUAGCUGAAUAAGGCUGAAUUUCAGCUGUUGGGCCAAAAUAUCGGCUUGCUAAGAAUCUGGUCCGUCCCCUUUAUAACAAUGUAGCCUUCCUCAGAGAUAGGGUCCGCUAGGUCCGAGGAAACUCGUCUGGACCGACUCUUGGCCCAUCAAAAUGAUUCAUAGCAUGCAUGACCCAGCCCACUCCUAAGUUAAGUCAAGAUAACAGUCUGGCCGAGAUUUUCAAGAAGCGUUCAAGCUUCUCUCGUUCUUCUAGACUCAGCGAGCAAAGACGCUUAAUGGCAUGGUGAUUCCGUUCGGGAACCUCCCCGACUGAACAGGGAUCGAGCUGGAGAUUCGCCGUACGGGCUGUGCAAGCCGGAACAGAUGGAAGCAAAUGGUAGUUGCGUGGCCAGACCGAACGCUAUUUAGAAAGUGUCCCAAGCUCGGACCCGCAGGGUAGUUCGGUCUCCCUCCGGCAGAUGUUUGCUAACCCAGUCUGGAUAGGUACGGGCCUCUGACCGGAGCUCCCAUCUAGGAGAUUGGUCCGGUACUUUCGCGUUCGGUGAGCAGUCUUUGGUGUCUAUAAUCGAUCGUUCGGGUAGUGGGAUAUGCCGAUUAUCUUGAGCUUUGAUUUUUUCCACCCGUUCACCUUUGGGAACUUUCUCUCCUCCCGUUCAGGUAAUCUCCCAGAGAUGAUUUUUCCUCUGCUUUCAUUGCCAAAAAUGGAUGGGCAGGAUCACGGCAGGUAUAUGCUGGUUUUGCACAUUCCCGUUCGGUAAACGGUGUUACUUGGUGACCGAACGGCAUUUGAACAGGGGUGGCAGCUCCAUGGCAUCCAUGGCUGAGAGCACCUUGGGGGUUUGCAGCUGGUUCGCGGUUGAGUGCUAGGCUCCCGUUCGGGAGAUAAUUCAUACUGUAUCCUCUCCUUCCUGGCAGGAAUAAUUUGGGAAGCCAUUCAAGGCCCGACCGGCCUGCUUGGUAUAUAUGUAUUGCAAUCGAAGAUCGGAAAUUGUCGCUACUUCUGCCCGACUGGCCAGAGAUGAACGCUGCUCCUUAAGGUAUUGUUGAUGUUCGGCCUGGUCAAGCCCCUUUGAAUUUCCGUUCGGCGCUCGGGAUGCGGUGCAUGUCCUGUUCGGCGUUCGGGAUGCGAUGUCUCAGGGCUAGGUGAUGCCAGAGCAGCCAGGAUGCUCGAGCAGGAGGUGUUGCUGUCGAGAUUGUUCCUGUUCGGCAUUCGGGAAGUGAAACUUGUUUUGGAUAAUGAUGAUUGUCAAAUCAUCCACUUGCUCUGUGUUUGUCAGCCACGUGAGAAUGAUAGAUAUUUCCUCUAUUCCCAAGUUAGUGGGCAUGUGGGCCCACUAACAUUUUCUUUUCCCAACAUGUCUAUUAGGACAUGGAGUGACCAGCUGCUUCACGGAUCCUGGAUUCUUCACCAGGAGUUCGUUAUUCAUAACUUUUCCAGAAUUCUUAUCCUUCUCUUCCUUCCUUGCUAAGACCCAAGAUCCUCCAGAAUCGUUUUUCUUUCCUUUCUUGCUUGAAUAAGAACGUUUUGGUAUCAAAAAAUUUGUAGAACAUGAAUCUUUUUGAAGCGGUUCCCACAGACGGCGCCAAUGUUGAGGUUUAGUCCCGUAGAUCCGGAAGCCCAACAUAAACUCCGGAUAUUGAGGACGAUGGAUUCGGUAUAAAAGUGAAUAAUAAAUAUAAAGUGUGUAUGAACUAGCUAUUUUUACGUGGAAACCCGGAAAGGGAGAAAACCACGGGACUUUUUAGGCUAACGUCCAAGCCCGCUCUUUCUCAUUAAUAUCCUCCCAUCACUCAAUUACAUAAUACAUAUUUGGAACCUCCACAGCUUUGUUGCUAAUCUAUCAAGAAAGAAGCAGUAAAAUAGGAGGGAGAAGAGAAGCAGAAGAGACCUCCAAAAUCCCUACCCUUAAUUAGGAGGCUUCGCCUCCUAUUUAUAGAAGGGGAGGGGGGUUUUAGGGCUAUGCUAAUGGGCCAAUGGGCCUAAAUGGGCCGGUUGGGCCUAAAUGAUCCUUGCUAACUGGGCCCCGUAUCGGGGCGGUGUAUUGGGCCUCUGAACAGUAGUAGGCCGGGGUAAUAUACCCA